AUGUCUGAAAGCGUGCAUCCCGCAGACAAGCAAGUGAACGACGGGGUAGAUAUCAGCAUUGGCAACACAGCGGUGAUGACUAUUCCCUCGACCCACUCACGCCAUACCGACGCCGCCGGCCCAAACAAGACGCUGCACAUCCCUAAAGCCGUCGUAAACGCAUGGGUCGCUACAGUCUACGUGUUCAACACGGGUGCUACGACGCGGAGAGAGCUUCCUCAAGCCGUGGGAUCGCAUCAUCGGAUACGCCUGCGCGCGCUCCUGCGGAGGUGGGCGGAGACUUCGGCGACGGUGGGCUUCUGGAAGGAUGGUAACUGGGCGUUGGCCUCUUUCGACGACGAAGUAGUGGUGGUACAAGACCUCCCCAUCAUGCUGGUACGGGUGGGAAACUGGGAUAGAGUCUGCAAGAACUUCGGGAACAUUAUCGGAAGGUACGACUCGACUCGACGGGGAAAUGCAGUACUCGAUGUUGUCGAGUACCGAGGAUGGUACGAGAUGAUGUCGAUUAUCAACUACACCGUUGUUGUGUGGACCAAGAAUGUCGACGGCGGCCCAUCGUUGUGCCACAUGAACUCACAAGUGGGGAAGACCUUCUCCGAUGUGAUCCAACACUGCAAACGCCUCAACGCAGCGAUAGACCUCUCCGAAGACGUCAUGACCUGGUGUUCCAAGACGUCGACAUGGAUCUCCCGCACUGUGCACGACCAAGUCACCGAUGCCGACUCUCACAUGCUGCUCAUACGAAGCGCACUCAACACGGACGCCUGGGGAUGUGGCCCCUUCAUUGACCGGCUGGAGCGAGAGGAGCGCGACCGCUUGGCUCGUCGUAACGUGGAUUGA